ACCAUGUCUAUGGGUGAAACCCCAAAUACCUUCAUCUGAUUCAUAUAGCAUGCAUUCUGAGAAACUCGUUUCAGUCCAGUUUUAAGAGUAAGACUCUUUUUCCUUUGCAGGAGAGCAAGAUUUGUACCAGCUCACGGAGUAGCUUUUAGCCCAUUUGUUACGCUCAUUAGUUCAAAACUCAUGACAAAGUGUGGCAAACGUUUAUUAUGAAAUUUCCCACCUCCCACGCUUACCGGAAGUCCAUUUCUUAUUGUUAGCUUCACGCUCAUAGCUGUAGCUCGGCAGGUAGUAUUUAGUGAUUACUUGAUGAAAAAUUGGAUUGAAAAAUGCUAGCGACAUUGCUACGUGUACAGCAUCACAAGUCCGCCAUCGUUCUUUUGUAUGUCACACUUGGACUGAACAAUUAGAUGCAGGGAGCAAUCAUUGUAUCAAAAUUGUAUGUUUCGAUGAACUUGUGCCGGAAACCCAAAGGACUAUAACUUUAUAGGCCUGGCUACACUGUGAUUGGCAACGAUUAGCCAACUGAGCACUUUGCGGGUACACGCGUUAUAAAAGAAACUGGAAAUGACAAGCGGGGUGCGAUGAUGCAUAGCUAGCUUGAGAAGCUGAUUUUUUAUUUUGGAGUUAAAGAUGUCUUAUGCAUCUGCAGUUUGGUUGGCGGCUUUGGGGGAAUUUGAUGAUGAAUCUGACAGCAUCCCGAGCAGUUUGGAUAAUUUUGAUGACGACUUUCUUUUAAAACAUUUCCAUUUCACUAGAUCUGCAGUUUGUUUCAUUAUUGAUUAUGUUGGAGCCCAAAUGGAGUCAGCCAAAUACUGCUCCGACGAGCUUUCUACUGAUGUUAUUGUUCUGGCCGCAUUGUGUGUUUACGCAAACGGCUUUUUGCCAAAUGAAACAGCAGAUAUGAUUGGAAUAAGCCAGGCAUCUGCCAGGAGAGCAGUUAAUACGGUGUCCAGGGUUUUGUCUGAGAAAGCUGAAGAGUUUAUCACAUUUCCAGACAGUUACAAUGAUCGGGUACUUGUGGCACAAGAGAUCCAGAGGUUUUGCGGUAUACCAAAUGUAGUAGGUGUGCUGGGAUGCAUGCACGUGCGCAUCAAACCUACACCAGAGGAGGAGAUUUUUUUUUUGAACGCGUUCGAUUAUCACUCCAUAAUGUUCCAAAUGAUCUGCGACUCUCAAGGCAAUUUAUUAAGUGUAGAGAGUCAAUGGCCAGGAAGCACAGCGGAGCAAAGCAUCUGGGAGAGUUCAAAAAUCUUCCAGCAAUUUCAAAGUGGUAGGCAUGGGCACAGUUGGCUCAUUGGUGCCAGUUGUUAUUCUCUGGAAAGACAUGUUCUGACUCCUCUGGCCUAUGUGAGAAAAAGACCCAGCAUGCGUUACAAUGAGGCCCACUUCAAAAUCCAGACUGUCAUUCAGAAGACCUUUGGUGCUCUGAAGUCACGAUUCCGGUGCCUGGACAAUUUGGGAAGCAUACAGAAGAACAACUGCAGCACACAUGUUGAGGUGGUCAGUGCUUGUUGUGUUCUACACAACAUUGCCAUGAAAUUUUCUGUUCCUUUCCCUGAGGAGUUUGUGCCAGAACCUGGGUAUCAUGGUGUGAAUCGAGAAGAGAUUACACAAUCAAAUUCCAGCAUGCUGCUUUUCAGAGAAGACAUGAUAAAAGCUUUUUUUCCCCAGGAUUCAGAUCCUGUACCAGGGAUCUUUGUUGGUUUUGAAAGGACCUAGAGGGACAUUACAUUUUAUGUAUGUUCAUGGAAUUUUGUACAUUCAGAUAUCUGUCUGCCUAAUUGCCUAGCCUUCAAGAUGCUAAUUUCUUCAUUUUAUGUUCAAAAUUAAGGUGGUUCUCAACUCAGUCAUAUGAACAGUAUCUUAAGCAAUGGCUUAAAAACGUAGCUAUAUUUAUAAUGGCUUUUAACCUUUGUAGCCACUGCUUUCUUACUGCUUUUUAAAAAGUUUCCUGUGUUGAUGAAAACAAACUUUUUUAAUGUAAAUAAGAAAUAUUUAUAUCAAAUGAAAUAUACUUUCAAAUUU